AUGGGAGCAGGGAGCCUCCCUCUGCACCUGCGCCUGUACUGCCCAGACCCCAAAUGGGCUGCAGGGGGGUGCCAGAGCUUUGACUUGCAGCUGGCACCAGCAGACUGGCACCAGACCUAUGCCACGCACACACUUGCUACUGUCUCAGAGGUCCAGUCCCUGGAUGGCCGACUAGAGGAAGCACGCAGCUCCCUUUGCUGUCUCAGCUGUGCUCCAAGACAGUCACUUGAGAGCCGGUGUGGUGCAGUGGUGAAUCAAGGGAAUGCCACGGCCCUGGGCUCAGGCCUGGGCUAUCUGGAUCACAUUUGCCAGCUUAUUGAAAAAAUUGGGCAGCUCCAAGAACACAACAUGCGCUUACAGAAGCAAGUCUGCAGUUUGCAGAAGGAGCAGAAGAUGAACCAGCUUAAAGAGGAGUAUUUUCUGCAGCACUGUUCCUGCAGCACUGCCAGCAUCUUGCUUGGCUCGUACCAGGAGGUGAAGAAUUUAUUUGCUGGGAAAAGCAGACCACACAGCCUCUUGGUGCAGAAUGGAAACACAUCCGACCUCUCGAGCAUUCCAGAAACUGGAGGAAGCAGAGCAAAAUCAGGCAGCUGUAAAGGGAGAGAAGCAGACCUGGGGCACGGCCGUCUGAUGAUGGGCUUAAAGUCCCCCAGUGAAAGGAGACAUAUUGGAGAGGGCCAUGGAGAAGACGGCACUGCAACGGAUUGUCAAGCUAACCUCCCAAAGGAGCAACCCAUGAAAAGAGGCCUGGACAUCAGCAGAAAUGGCUCUGGGGAGAGUCAUGCCUGGGGCAGAAUGAGAGAUCUUGUGCAAAAGACCAGGGGGCGCAACCAGAGCAGGUUGGGCCUGUCCUCAGCGGCCCUGAAAAGAUCCUGCCCUCAGCUUUACAGACCUGACGUUGCAACUUUGGAUUCAAGCAAAGCAGAGAGGAACUCCAUGAUCGCGUUGGGACCUGGCCCAAGGAACGGAUGCGCUUGGCCUUUCUGACGGGAAGGGCAGGUGGGAGAGGAGCCACCCCAGGGGGCAUGAGGAGAACACCCCCUGCCCAGCCGCUGUGGCCCCCUGGCCCUGCCCUUUUGCUGGCCUCCGGGAGGGCAGCACUCUGGGCCUGCUGCCCAAGAAUGAGGAAAGUGGGGGGGGGGCCCUGCUGAAGAUCCAAACCUCUGAG